UUCACAAAUUCUUCACUCUCCAAGAAAAUGCCUUUCUCUUUCUUCUCCCGCAAGAAACCUUCUCGUCGCUUCAAUGAUUUCUACGACGACUGGUCCAAAACCCUAACCGAAAACUGCCUCCCUCUGCUCCGUCAAUCACUUUCCUCCGCCGCUUCAGCUUCCGUCCUCUCCUCCAACGUAGACCUCGUCCUCCGUCACCUAGUCUUAUACUACGAAACCCUAGAUCUCGCCGCCGAUCCAAACACCAUCCCUUACCUUCUCUUCCCUUCAUGGCGCAACUCUCUCGAGACUCCGUUUCUUUUCCUCGGCGAUAUCCAUCCUUAUCUCCUCACUAAUCUCCUCCGUUCUUUCAUCGAUCGUGAGAAUCAAGAUUCCGACGAAGACGACGAGACUUCUCUUGAUCUUAUGAAUCAACCGUUAAAGAUGACGACGGCGUGGAAAGAUCCUUCUGAUGAAUUGGUGAAAAGAAUCGAUCAGAUUGAGUGUACGAUGAGACUUAUGGUUCCUGGUUUAAUGGAUCGUAUGAGGAAAGCACAGAGAAGUUUCGUGGCUCGAGUUUCUGAGAAUUGGGUCUUGUCGUAUCAAGCGGGGAAGAAGAAGAAGCUCCCCGCGACGGCAGUGGUAGCUUCAACGUCGGUGGAUGAAGCGGCCAAGGAAGAGAUGGAAGAGCUUGUGAGUAUUUUUGUUGAUGCCAAUCGUUUGAGGAAGAGUGUGAUCAUGGACAUUGUUGGAGCUACGAGUGAGCAUCAAGCGGCUCUGUUUCUUGAAGGUUUAUGUCAGUUUCUUGCUGGGUUUAAAGAUCAGGUUCUUCUUCAAGAUUUCGAGAUUCUUGCUUUGCCCAAUUAAAAAUCUCUGUUUUGUCAGAUUAGGGUUUUGGGGGAUUUGAUCAGCAAGGUGAUUGAUUAGUUGUAGAAAAGAAGAAUUUGUUUACAAAUAUGUGAAUAUGUACGGAUUAAACUUCUUUAGGUUCAGUUUCUUCUUCUUGUUAGUUUGGUUUGAUGCUAAUAAAGUGUGGUUAAGAGUAUCUUUGAUAA